UCGGUGACUGAGUAGCGGUGCUGCAGGCUUUGGACGGUUGAGGCGGUUGCCCGGCGCGAGCCCUCCUCCUCCUCCCCCCCCGCGCGGCCCCGGGGGUGGAAAUGGUGCCCUAGCAGCGCUGGGACCAUGUCGGAAGCGGCCCGGAGCCUCCUGCAGCGCUGGGGCGCCAGUUUCAGGAAAGGCACCGACUUCGACUCCUGGGGGCAGCUGGUGGAGGCGAUAGACGAGUAUCAGAUAUUAGCAAGGCAUCUACAGAAAGAGGCCCAGUCUCAACCCAACAACUCAGAAUUCACAGAAGAUCAAAAGAAAACCUUAGCAAAGAUCGCAACAUGUUUGGAACUCAGGAGUGCAGCUUUGCAGGGCCCUUUCAGGAAACAAGAGUCUACACAGUCCCAGGAAGAAUUUAAGCUAGAGGAUCUGAAGAAACUAGAACCAAUCUUAAAGAAUAUUCUUUCCUAUAAUAAAGAAUUCCCCUUUGAUGUUCAGCCUGUUCCGCCAAGGAAGAUCUUAGCACCUGGUGAAGAGGAAGAUUUGGAAUUUGAAGAAGAUGAGGAGGAGGGUGGAGCUGGAGCAGGAUCUCCAGACGCGUUUCCUGCCAGAAUUCCAGGAGCCAAUGAAGGUACAUUAUUACCCAGACUGCCAUCUGAACCCGGGAUGACGUUGCUUACUAUCAAAAUAGAGAAAAUUGGUCUUAAAGAUGCUGGGCAGUGCAUCGAUCCCUAUAUCACAGUUAGUGUGAAAGAUUUGAAUGGGAUAGACUUGACUCCUGUGCAGGACACACCAGUUGCUUCAAGGAAGGAGGACACAUAUGUUCAUUUUAAUGUGGACAUCGAGAUUCAGAAACAUGUUGAAAAAUUAACAAAAGGUGCAGCUAUUUUCUUUGAAUUUAAACACUAUAAGCCUAAGAAAAGGUUCACCAGCACCAAGUGCUUUGCCUUCAUGGAGAUGGAUGAAAUUAAACCUGGACCAAUUGUUAUAGAACUGUACAAAAAACCCACUGACUUCAAGAGGAAGAAACUCCAGUUGUUGACCAAGAAGCCACUUUAUCUUCACCUCCAUCAAACACUGCACAAAGAGUGACUUUUGUGAACUGAACCACUUGCCACAAAACCAUAGCAGCUGCCUUAUGUAGCACUCAUCCUUCAGGACGCAGGGGAAAUGGCUGCAUUUUACCCAGC